GAUGCUAGGACACUCGUCUGCUGGAAAUGAACGUAUCACGGGUCUUUAUCAUGGAGUUUCAAGCAGUGGUGAUGGCAGUUGGUGGUGGAUCCCGCAUGAUGGAUCUGACUUCAAGCACUCCUAAAGCUCUCCUCCCUGUUGGAAAUAAACCCUUGAUAUGGUAUCCACUCAACCUGCUGGAACAGGUUGGUUUUGAAGAGGUCAUUGUGGUUACAACAAAAGACAUUCAGAAAGUGCUAAACUUGGAGACAAAGUUGAAGCUUGAUAUUGUGUGUAUUGCUGAUGAUGCAGAUAUGGGGACUGCAGACUCCUUACGACAUAUUCAUGAGAAAAUAAAGACAGAUGUGUUGGUGCUGAGCUGCGAUUUGAUUACUGAUGUUGCUCUUCAUGAAGUAGUUGACUUGUUUCGAGCCCAUGAUGCUACACUGUCCAUGCUGAUGAAGAAAGCCUGUGAGUCCACAGAACUUGUACCUGGACAAAAAGGGAAGAAAAAGCUAGUGGAGCAACGUGACUUCAUUGGAGUGGACGAUUCAGGAAAGCGGUUGCUCUUCAUGGCCAAUGAAGCAGAUCUAGAUGAAGAAAUUGUCAUUAAGAGAUCCCUCCUUCAAAAGCAUUCUAGAAUACACAUCAGGACAGGACUGAUGGAUGCUCAUCUGUACUGCUUGAAGAAAAGUGUGGUAGACUUCCUUGUAGAGAACAGGUCAUUUACUUCAAUCAGAAGUGAGCUGAUUCCAUAUUUGGUUAGAAAGCAGUUUUCUUCUCCUGCACAGUUGCAAAAAGGACAAAGCAUGAAUGAGCAUGACCAAAAGAAAAAGGACCAGAAAUUGUUAGACAUCUAUAGCUUCUUGAAGGAUGAUAGCCUGUUUGAAUUGGGUGCAGACAAAGCUUGCUGGAACAAUCACAGAGGAGACAUGGAUCAGGCAUUCCAUAGCGGGAAAGUUCGUUGCUAUGUUCACAUAAUGAAAGAUGGGUUGUGCUCCAGAGUAAACACGCUUGGGCUGUACAUUGAAGCUAACAGACAGGUUCCUAAGAUGCUGGCUUCACUUUGUCCAGAAGAAUCUCUGAUUCACAGCACUGCUCAAAUCAUUGACAGAUCCCUGGUCGGAUCUGACAGCAUUGUCGGUGCAGCUACACAAGUAGGAGAAAAGACUGCAAUUAAACAUUCUGUUGUUGGUACUGCGUGUAUUAUCAAAGACAAAGUUAGAAUUACGAACUGCAUCAUCAUGAACUUUGUCAAAAUUGAGGAAGGGUAAGUGAUCUUCUCAAAAUGUUUGAA